CCGGGCUGGAGACCCGGAAGUGCUCGCCGAGCAUGACCCCGGCGCCCGAAUGGGAAAGGAGGUAGCCGCUUUCCGGGAGCGCCCCAGCUGGCACAGAAUUUCCAAGUUGGAGCCCUUUUAUCAUGAUGAAGCGGCCAGAACAUGGAUGGCGCACAGCCUCGGAGUAAACUGAGUUGGUUUGAUGUUUAAUUCAGUCGUGCCCUUGACAUUUUCACGACCAUCCUGGGUUCAUAGUAUCUCUCUCUGGGAACUUGUUGGCCUGGCUUGGCCCUAGAACAUGCUCCAUUGCUGCAUGCUGAACCUGGGCCACUGCUUAUGAACACGGGAAGGUCGGCUGCUGAACAGUGUGGUGUUUACAGAGCUCAGACCUACACACCUUAUAGAGAAUGAGACUUGCAUAUGUAGCAUGCCAAUGCCUUUCUGCACAGGCGACUGACCUGGCGUAGGCUCUAGGGGAAGAAGGAUGUGCGCUCAGCCUGGGACUGACACCCAGGGAGUCAGGUGGCAGAAGGUCCUGUAUGAGCGCCAGCCCUUCCCUGAUAACUACGUGGAUCGCCGCUUCCUGGAAGAUCUCCGUAAGAACAUCUAUGCCAGGAAGUACCAGUACUGGGCUGUGGUGUUUGAGUCCAGUGUGGUGGUUCAGCAGCUGUGUAGUGUCUGUGUGUUCGUGGUCAUCUGGUGGUAUAUGGACGAGGGCCUUCUGGCCCCCCAGUGGCUUUUUGGGACAGGCCUGGCCUCCUCCCUGAUUGGCUAUGUCCUGUUUGAUGUCAUCGAUGGAGGGGAGGGGCGCAAGAAGAGUGGGCGGACCCGGUGGGCUGACCUUAAGAGUGCACUGGUCUUCAUCACCUUUACCUACGGCUUCUCACCAGUGCUGAAGACCCUGACUGAGUCGGUGAGCACUGACACCAUCUAUGCCAUGGCGGUCUUCAUGCUCCUCGGCCACCUCAUCUUCUUCGACUAUGGGGCGAAUGCUGCCAUCGUGUCUAGCACACUGUCCCUAAACAUGGCCAUCUUUGCCUCUGUCUGCUUGGCCUCCCGCCUGCCCCGCUCCCUGCACGCCUUUGUCAUGGUGACAUUCGCCAUCCAGAUUUUUGCCCUAUGGCCUAUGCUGCAGAAGAAGCUGAAGGCCUGCACACCCUGCAGCUAUGUGGGGGUCACGCUGCUGUUCGCCUUCUCAGCCCUGGGAGGCCUGCUCUCCAUCAGCGCUGUGGGGGCCGUCCUCUUCGCCCUGCUGCUUGUGUCCAUCUCAUGCCUCUGCCCUUUCUACCUCAUCCGCCUGCAGCUCUUCAAAGAAAACAUUCAUGGGCCAUGGGAUGAAGCAGAAAUCAAAGAAGACUUGUCUAGGUUCCUUAGCUAGGCUAGAGCUCUCUGUUCUGUUAUUUGAGCAAGCAAGCAAGCAAGCAAACUCAGUGCCCAGCUAGUAUUAAGGUACAGUUCUAUUUUGGAAGCAGCUUGCUGGAGUGGGAGAACAGAGAUCCAAAGAAAAAACUAACCAAGGGAUUGAAUGGUGGAGGUGAAGUGCUUGCUCUUUGUUACUCUGUGGAUGAAAUUGCUUUCCUGAAUGCACAGUGACAAAGUGAGAUGAUCUCUUAUUUAUUAAAAAAUCAACACAA